AUGCGACAAAACUACGCUGCGGGUGUUUUUGGUAAUCGGCGGGGGUGCAGAGGAACCGAUGCACUUUCUAGAGUUAAUUUCGUAUCGCGCCGCUUCAUUAUAGAUUUGUCAUACUCCACGCACUUCAUGGAUUUUAAAGGUUCCUCGAUACCGAGCUCCAUGAAAAAGCUGGUCGUAACGAAGCUUAGCCAGAAUUUCAGAGACGCCGUUGCCUUGCAAACUGUUCCAGUCCCGACACCUGGCGACGGGGACUUGCUUGUCAGAAAUCGAUUUGUUGGAAUCAAUGCCUCGGACAUCAACUAGUCAGCAGGCCGCUACGACCCUACGGUGAAGCCACCGUUUGACGSCGGGUUCGAGGGCAUUGGCGAGGUGGUCGGACUCGGCCUGAGUGCCAGCGCCCGCUAUACCGUUGGCGACACCGUGGCCUACUUUGCCGAUGGGGCCUUUGCGGAGUACACGGUGAUACCCAUGAUCAAGACCGUACCCGUACCCGCGGUGAAGCCAGAGUUCCUCACCCUGCUGUUAAGUGGUGCCACGGCCUACAUCRCCAUGAAGCGGCUUGGCGACCUGGUGAAGGGCGAGACGGUGCUGGUGACGGCCGCUGCCGGUGGCACGGGACAGUUUGCUGUGCAGUUCGCCAAACAGGCCGGCUGUCACGUUGUGGGCACCUGCUCCUCCAACGAGAAAGCUGGCUUCUUAAAGACCAUUGGCUGCGACAGGCCCAUCAACUACACGUCCGAGGACCUGAGCACCACGCUGCGCAAAGAGUACCCGCAAGGCCUGGACGUAGAAGAGUCCAUAGGURRYAKAAUKUUUGACAUGRCGGUCAACAAUCUGGCCAAUAAGGGUAGGCUGAUCGUGAUCGGAUUCAUCUCAGGGUACCAAACGGCAUCAGGGGUCCCAACUGUUAAAGGAGGGACUCUGCCCAUGAAGCUGCUCAAGAAGUCAGCUAGCGUGAGGGGGUUCUUCCUACCUCACUUCCUGUCUGACUACAAGGAGGCGAUGGGAAGCAUGAUGCAGAUGUUUGMUAARGGGAAGCUGGUGUGUGAAGUGGACUGUGGCGACAUGGCUCCCGAGGGCCGUUUCGUGGGACUGGAGUCYGUCUUYAGGGCUGUGGACUACAUGUAUGCUGGGAACAACGUGGGAAAGGUGGUGGUUGAGGUGACUCCACCCUCGCUGGACAGCAAACUGUGAUUUGCCUUAAUGUGAAUGCACUGGAAUUCUCAAUUCUCGAAUCAAAUGUAUGUAUGUACAAUGAAAGGAACAAUGAAAAUACAUAAUCUAAUAUAUGUAUGUACAUUGAAAUGAACAAUGUAAGUAUAUAUGUUGAAGGCAA